UCUCUCUCUCUCUCUCUCUCUCUCUCUCUCUCUCUCCACCAUGACAGGCCGCCGCAGUCAGCUGAGCCCCGAUGCUGACAAUCCAAGCCGCGACCAACAGGAGCGGUUGCUCCCCAUCGCCAACGUCGGUCGCAUAAUGAAACGCUCUCUACCUUCCAAUGCAAAGAUCUCCAAAGAUGCCAAGGAAACCGUCCAAGAAUGUGCGUCCGAAUUCAUCUCCUUCGUAACAGGCGAGGCCUCUGAUAAAUGCCUACGCGAGAAAAGGAAGACGAUCAAUGGCGAUGAUCUCAUAUGGGCCAUGACGACUCUUGGCUUCGAGAACUAUGUGGCCCCUUUAAAAGCUUAUCUGAAUAAAUAUAGAGACAUAGAGGGAGAGAGAGUGAUAAAGUUGAGUGGGGGAACCCCGUCGCUGGUUUUCGAUGAGAGCAGUGGUGAUUUUCAAUCGAGAAAUGGUGAGGUUCAGGGGAGGACAGGAAGUUUUCAGGGUGGUUUUGGGGGAGGAGGGGUGGGGGGGUUUAUGGUGGAGAGGGUGGGCUAUGGUGGGGAUGGACAUGGACAAAGAGUAUUGCAGUGGUAG